CAACUACCUUUCUUAAACCCUAAACACAAAUCUCUCAAAAAACCCCUCCUUUUUCUCGCUGUCCAGCGCGUAGUGAACUCACCAAACCCGAAAACAGCCAUGGCGGACACAGUCCAAUACAAGCUCGAACGGAUGGUCGACGAGCUAGACGACCUAGAACGUAAAGGCAUAUUCACGCGGCAAGAAAUAGCAGAGAUAGUGAAACAAAGAAGAAAAUUUGAGUACAGAUUGAAGAGGCCAAGUCCUUUAAAGCAAGAUUUCUUAGCAUAUAUUGAUUACGAGACUCAACUUGACUCACUACGUAGACUACGAAAGAAAUCAGUGGCGCGCGAGCUGGAGAAGCAAGGGGAUAAGAGGAGGAGGAGAAAUAAAAAGUCUGUUUCUGAUUUUGCUGGGAUUUCAAGGAUUGUUGAGAUUUAUAGAAUUGCUGUUAUGAGGUUUAAGGGAGAUUUAGAUCUUUGGUUUAGGUAUUUGGAGUUUUGUAAGGAUAAAAAGAAUGGAAGAAUGAAAAAGGUUUUGGCUCAAUUAAUUCGGUUUCAUCCAAAGGUGCCUGGAGUUUGGAUUUAUGCUGCAGCUUGGGAAUUUGAUCAUAACUUGAAUGUUUCAGCUGCUCGUGCUCUUAUGCAGAAUGGUUUGAGGGUAUGCCCACAUUCAGAGGAUCUUUGGGUAGAGUAUCUUCGGAUGGAAUUGACAUAUCUUAACAAGUUAAGGGUGCGGAAGGUAGCGCUCGGAGAGGAGAAGGAAAAUGUGGUUCGUGAUUACGAUAUGUUGCUUGAUGAAGAAAGAGGAAAUGAUGAUGGAUCAAAUGCUGGUACUGAGGUGUCAGAGAAGAAAGUGGAUUUGUUUCGAGAGAAAGGUUUGCUCAUUCUUCAGACAAUCUAUACUGGAGCUGUUGAAGCUCUACCUUCUAGUUUUGGCUUGAGAAAGAGGUUAUUAGAGAUACUGGAAGCAACAGACUUGACUCAUUCAGAAGAAAUGCAUAAGGAGAUGCUAAGUGAUAUGAAAAGAGACUUUUCCAGAGAACCAGAAUAUUGGGACUGGCUUGCAAGACUUGAAAUGACUGAUUCUAAGAGUAUGUCAGAGAUGAGCGUAACUCUAGCGCUUCCUCAGUUUCAAAAGGCAAUUCAGGUGUAUGAGGAGGCUUUACAAUUUGUGCCUUCUCCAAUGAUGUUUAAUUUAUAUAUAAAGUUUUUGAUGGAUGCUAUUGCUCCCAAAGGAGGAGAAAAUGAUCCUUCUAAGGUCUCCAGCCCCACUGAAGAUUAUAUUUCACACCUUUUGGUGGUAUACGAGAAGGCUGACGUGGUGGGAUACAUGACUGAGGAUCUUGCUUGUCAAUAUGUUUCAUUUUACCUGCAACUUGGUAGGUUUGAUGAAGCCAGAAAACUUGCAGACAGGCUUUGCAGCGGAAAACUCUCAGAUUCAGAAAAGUUGUGGAUUUUAAGGGCCUCUAUGGAAAUAAAAUCUUUUAAUGAUGAUACUUCUGCACCAAGUAAGGAUGAUUUCCAAUAUGUGUUAGGACUCCUUAGAAGUGCAUUGACUAAAGUGUCAAUAUCACAAGCUGAGGACUUAUGGCUAAUGGCACUCAAUUUUUUUGCAAAACAAAAGAAAUAUCUGGACAAGCUGGUUGAGAUGUCUCUUAUCUCAGUAGCCAAAGAUGGUGGUAGUGAUGAUGGAUUUUCCCUCUCUUCUGCUAUUGUAAAUUUUAUGCUUCAGAAGGAUGGAAUUCAUAAAGCAAGAAAGACAUAUAAGCGAUUUCUCGCACUACCCCAUCCUGGUCUUGCUUUGUACAGAUGUUGCAUCGAGUUGGAAGUGAACCUUGCAUCUGUUGGUGAUAAGGAUUGCCUUGCAAAUGCCCGAAAAUUAUAUGAAUCUGCACUCGCAACUUAUGGCCAAGAUGUGACCUUGUGGCAAAAUUACCACUCGAUGGAGAUUAAGUUGGGAACAUCGGAAACAGCAAAUGCUGUUUGUUGGCGUGCACGGAAGACACUCAAAAACUCUGCUGCAUUUGUUGCUGCUCCAGAUUUGUACUAAUCAAGUGUAUGGUUGCUAAUUUUGACAAAGGAACCAGUAUCUUAUUUAUUCGUGUAGUUGAGAAGAAGGUACAUGAAAACAGUAACAUUCAUUUUAUCAAAAUCUGUCUCACACAUGUAGUUGGGUUAAUGAGUGGUAGAAGGAAGCAUGAAAUUUAUCCAA